AUGGAUACAGAUUAUAAUCAUCAAGCAUUCGGUUGUUUAACUCCGACAAUAUCAACAAUCACAUAUUUUAAGCUAGGCUAUAUUUAUUCUAUUAUUUGGCUUCUUCAUCUCUUUCGUUAUGCACCUCAACUGAAAGUAUUGCAUAUAGAAGUGUUCGAUGGCGUAUUAGAUGAUGAUGAUCGUCAAAAUCGUUAUCCAACCAAGAAGCCAAUCAUAUUUCCAUGUGCUCUCAAUAUGCAUAUUCUUAUUCUUAAGAAUUGUUAUUGUGAACCGAUUUCCAUUGAAUAUAUUCUUCGUGCAUGUCCAUAUUUAAAACAAUUCUAUUUGAAUUCUGCAGUGGAAUAUUCUAAUCAGGAUGAUACGGUUCGAACAAAGAUGCGUGAUCCAUUGUUUUGGCAAUCAAUGAUACAUCAAUGGGGACAAAAUUUAAUAAAUUUGUAUAUAACUAUCAAAGGUGAUGAUUCCUUUAUCGACGAAGAUCUCACUACUGACUUUUGGCGAUCUAGAUUAUGGCAAGUAAAAACUUUAAACUCACCGCCUUGCUUUAUUAUUCAGACUAAUAAAAAAAGUCUCGAUUGUUCCUUAUUAUCUAAAACAUAAAUACUAGAAUACAAUUUUACUAUUGCUAAAUAUUGAAUGUAUCUUUGAUUAUAUGCAAUCU